UAACAGCUCCUAGCACUUAUAGUUGUUUUAAUUUAGCUUCCCUCAGCAUGCAAUAUUACUCUACUAGUAGACUCUGUUCUCUAUAUAUCACAGUCUGGAAGGAAAUGUGAGAAAUGUUUCAAAACAUGAACAUUUUUCUCUUUCACUUCUUGCUGGACUGUUAAAUAUAGUGUAUGGAGUUUACUGACUGUGUAAGUUUGCUUUCCUAAGCUUCACUGUAACCACAUGAAGAACGGGAAAGUCCUGCAAUCUACAUUUUUGAACGCCUUCACCAGAGUGGCUUGAACUUUGCUCACUACUUUCUCCCGUCAUCAGGGUCAGGCAAGCAGUUGGCAUGUAUACUUAAAAACACGGACAGGCUUAGAAAUCGCCGCUGUGCGCUAGUUAAACCAGCAGAGAGGAGUGGCAGGUGGGUGCAGCAGAAUAUCCAGGAUGGCUGGAAGGAGACGAGGCCGAGGCAGCAAUGUGCAGCAGCAACAGGCCCAGCAGAACCAAAGAGGAGGCCCUCGCAGGGCCCUGCGGGAGCCGGCUACUUUUACCAGUUCUGCAGGUUGUGAAUCAGAGAUCCCCCAUGAAAAGUUGACCAUCGCCCAAGCACGGAGGGGCACACCAGCUCAUCGUCCGGUGCGAGUCUACGCUGAUGGGAUCUUUGAUCUUUUCCAUUCGGGGCAUGCUCGAGCUCUGAUGCAGGCCAAAAAUGUGUUCCCCAACACUUAUCUGAUAGUAGGAGUCUGCAGUGAUGAACUGACCCACAAGUUUAAGGGCUACACGGUGAUGACGGAGGAUGAACGCUACGAAGCCCUGAGACACUGCCGUUACGUUGACGAGGUGGUGCGGGACGCUCCCUGGACCCUUACCACAGAGUUCCUCAAGAGACAUAAGAUUGACUUUGUGGCCCAUGAUGAUAUCCCUUACACCUCUGCUGGAUCGGAGGAUGUUUAUAAACACAUUAAGGAAGCAGGAAUGUUUGUGGCCACUCAGAGGACAGAGGGCAUCUCCACAUCCGAUCUGAUCACUCGCAUCGUCCGAGACUAUGACAUCUACGUUCGGCGCAACCUGCAAAGAGGCUACACAGCCCGAGAACUAAAUGUUGGAUUCAUUAAUGAGAACAAGUACCGACUCCAGAACCAGGUGGACAAGAUGAAAGAGACAGUCCGUACUGUGGAGGAGAAGUCCAAACACUUUGUCUACAGAGUGGAAGAGAAGAGCCAAGACCUCAUCCACAAGUGGGAAGAGAAGUCGCGAGAGUUCAUUGGCAACUUCUUGGAGCUUUUUGGACCUGACGGAGCCUGGCAUGCGAUUCAGGAGCGGAGUGGACGUAUGCUCCAGGCCCUGUCGCCCUACUCUUCACCCCGUGGCUCCCCCAGCAGCAGCCCCACCAGACGUCGCUCAGUUUCCCCUGACUCCUCCCCUGUCUCUGCCUCCUCCUCCUCCUCCUCCUCUCCGUCCUCUCUCUCCCCUCCUUCCUCUCCAUCCUCCCCCUCCGCACCCAAAAAGGGGACACGCUCCUCUCUCAAGGCUGCUUCCGCAGACAGCUGACAUGUGCAAUGAACUCCUCAUACUUGGGUCAUCUUUAUUGGUCUUUUCAGAGGCUAUACGUUAUCAAUUUAGUACAUAAUACGUCUAAAGAUGCUACUGAUAAAAUUAACAAACAAAAAAUGUUUGUACUUUAAUUUAUUAAAUGGUUUAUUCAAGUGCAAGUGCAAUAUAUUAUAAUGUACAUUAUGUUUAUUCACUGAAAAGAAGAGGAAAAGAACAUUAAAUUUGUCUUGAAUGUGAUCUGUCCUCUUGUAUUUGUUACAAUUCCAUAUGUCUAGUAGAUAAAUUUGCACAACAUACUCACCCUCAAAUUGCCUUCGCAGGACUCGGUCACUGUUUUUCAGACUUACAGUGAUAAUCAACCCAAAUGUCCCUGCCAUUUCAUGUCCUAAACGGACAUUAUGAUUCUUCCCGUAAGACUGAGGAGACUGAAUUGUUUUUUGCAAUCCAAGAUAAUUUUUUGUAGGUCUAAGGGAGACAGGCCCAAUUUGUAUUUACUCAGUUAUAUGACAUCUGUAGUAGUUUAGAAGCAA